GUCUCCUGAAGAAAAAUUUCAAUAUUCAAAUAUUUUCAUUUUGUCCAUAAAUUGUGGUUUAUAAAAACCAUUUACCUAGAUUUUGGUAAAAAAAGACAUUGUUGGGGAAAUAACUUUAUUUGCCAUUCCCUCGUGUCUUGCAUGCUUGUUUCAAAAUAUAAUUCUUCUAAAUCUCAAGGAUGCUAAUGAUGAAAAACAAAACAAAAAAACAAACAAAAAAAACAAUCGUAACGGAGUUGGAUAAAAAACAAACAAACAAACAAACAAACAAAGUUUUUACGACGUUUCGGUUCAUACACCGAUUUUUAAGUUUAGUAAAUUUUUUACAAUUCGUUUUUAAAAUUUAUGUAAAUUAGUUAUUCAGUUAAAUAAAUGCAAUAGCGCUGAUGUGAUAUUUUUGUUCAGCACGGGACUCUCUCUCCAUAGUAUGAAUUAACUCUCCUUUAUUUCAAGAGAGAAACAAUCACAAAAAGAUGCUGCGUGAUCACAUAUCUGUGGAUGCUUCUUGAUUGCUGAUUGGCUUGAUUAAAACCUUCUUUCUUCGUAAAGGACAAUGUAAUCGAACCUUUACUUUAAUACUCCGAUCCUCCGUGCAAGACCUCAUGUCUUCGUAUAGGUUUGGUGUGCUGCCAGAUUUACAAUAUCCAGUACACAGUCUGUUUCGAAUGACCACUGCAACAUAUUGUGUGAAUUCGUGUUAUGCUUCAAAGACAAUAAUGGAUAUCAACGAAAAGAAAUUAGAGAAAAAAAAUGCAUCGUUAAUCAACAGUAGAGAGUUGUGUCUUGGAGUUCGAUUUAACCAAGCAGUCCUCCACCACGAUUGCAUACCUGCUGUUAUUCGAAACAAACUCUGUGUUGGUUUUUGCAAAUCUAUAAGUAUACCGAAUAUGAAGGGAGACGUGGAUAGGAAAUGUAGAUAUUGUAUGGAAGAUAAAACUGUUAUAACAGAUGUAAAGUUAAAAUGUAUCUCAAGAAAAAGAAAAUUUAAGAUAAAGAAAAUCAAGAUUGUAAAAACGUGCAAGUGUCAAGAUAUCAAAAUGACAAUUUGAUAGUUGUUCACCUUUAUUUAUUUACAAAUGAAUAAUAAAAAUAAUGUUAUGUGAAAAUCUUGUUAAACGUCGAUGUACUUUAAAAAUUUCAAGUGUUAAAUUAUGAGCUUCAGGAACAGACUGCUAAUAGUUUUAUUAUUUUGUGUAAUACUUAAGGAUUAUAUUAGUUUUGGUCAUCUACACUCUAAUAGAUCAUUUACACUUAUAUAGGUUUUUUCUUAUAAAUCUUUGUACAAUCCUGGUUAAACCAUGCUAAGAUAAGACUGUAAACUUUAUUUUGUCUCAACAAGGAAUAAUAUAGGCUUAUUGUAGAUUCACGCUUUUUUAAUUUGUAAAAAUUAAUUUGUUACUUUUUUUACAACCAAGU